UGAGAAAUUCAGCACCAAGAAUGCUAGCCAGAACCACCACCGCCACAGCUUACGUAGCUGACCUUUUGCAAAACUGCCUCAAUAACAAAGCCCACAUUGGUGGGAAGAUCCUUCAUGCCCACAUACUUCGUAUUGGGGCCUUCGCAGAUACUUUUCUUGCCAACCGCCUUGUUGAAUUGUACUCAAAAUGUGGUCAAUUAGUUAGUGCUCGUUUGGUGUUUGAUCGAAUGCCUCAGAGAAAUAUUUACUCUUGCAAUGCAAUGUUAAGUUGUUAUUGUAAAGAGAAACAAUUAGAGGAUGCCCAUGAACUUUUUGUUAGAAUGCCCGAGAGGAAUAGUGUGUCGUGGAACACGAUGAUUAGUGCGUUGGUUCGGAAUGGUUAUGAAAGAAGAAGUUUGGAGUUUUAUCAAAUGAUGAGGUUAGGUGGUUUUGAGCCGACCCGUUUCACGUUGGCUAGUGUUUUGAGUGCUUGUGGUGGCUUGGGGGAAAGAAUGUGUGGAAAAGAGUGUCAUGGAGUUGCUAUUAAACUUGGUUUAGACACGAAUGUGUAUGUGGGGAAUGCUUCGUUGGGGAUGUAUGCAAAGUGUGGGAUGGUGGGGGAUGCAGUUAAGGCUUUUUGGGACUUGACGGAGCCAAAUGAGAUCUCGUUCACUGCAUUGAUGGGAGGGCUAGUUGAGGCUGAUCGAAUUGAGGAGGCAUUUGACAUGUUUAAAUUGAUGCACAGGAAUGGGAUUAGAAUUGAUUCUGUUUCAUUGUCUAGUGUUCUGGGUGUUUGUGCCAAAGGUGUGAGUGGGGACUUUGGAGCAAUUAGCGAUGAUGAUUGCGAACUACAUAUUGUACCAGGGAAACAAAUUCAUGGCCUUACUGUAAAACUUGGCUUUGAAAACGAUCUUCAUCUGAGCAAUUCGUUGCUUGACAUGUAUGCCAAAAAUGGAGAUAUGGACAGUGCUGAAAUGGCUUUCGCUAAUUUAUCCGAGGUUAGUGUUGUUUCUUGGAACAUUAUGAUAGGAGGGUAUGGACAAAAAGAUGAAAAAGAGAAAGCAAUGCAAUAUAUGGAAUGGAUGCAGAGUAGUGGUUUUGAACCUGAUGAUGUCACUCACAUCAACAUGCUUGUAGCUUGUAUUAAGUGUGGGGAUGUUAAAACUGCACGUAUGAUAUUUGACAGGUUGGAACAUCAGAGCUUAAGCUCAUGGAAUGCUUUACUCUCAGGAUAUACACAAAAUGGCUACCAUAGGGAAACAGUGAAUCUUUUCGGAGAAAUGCAAUUUCAAAAUGUGCAACCUGAUCGAACUACAUUGGCAAUACUAUUGAGUUCCUGUGCUGCAUUAGGUCAUUUGGAGACUGGAAGGCAAGCCCAUGCCUGCUUGAUAAAACCUGGAUUCCAUACUGACACUUAUGUCGGUAGUGGACUUAUUGGCAUGUACUUGAAGUGUGGUAGGGUUGCUGGUGCAAAACAUGUUUUUAAUGGGGUUCAUCUGUUAGACACUGUCUGUUGGAAUUCUAUGAUAGCAGGGUUAUCCUUCAAUUCAAUGGAUGGAGAAGCUUUUAGUAUUUUUAUUGAAAUGCUUAGAAAGGGAACAUUGCCCACUGAAUUCUCUUAUGCCACUGUGUUGAGCUGUUGUGCAAAACUAUCUUCUUUGUCCCAGGGGAAGCCAGUUCAUGGUCUAAUAGUGAAGGAUGGAUAUGCAGAUGAUGUUUUUGUGGGCAGUGCACUUGUUGAUAUGUAUUCUAAGUGUGGCAACAUUUGUGAGGCCAGACAGUUUUUUAAUUUGAUGCCUUUCAAAAAUACAGUUACUUGGAAUGAGAUGCUACAUGGGUAUGCACAGAAUGGGUGUGGAGAUGAAGCUGUUUGCGUUUAUAGACAAAUGAUUCAAUCAGGUGCCAGACCAGAUGACAUAACAUUUGUUGCUGUUUUGACUGCGUGUAGCCAUUCUGGAUUGGUGGAUCCUGGGAUUACUAUAUUCAAUUCAAUGCAGAAAAAACAUGGAGUGGAACCACUUCCAGAUCAUUACACUUGCAUAAUUGAUUCACUUGGUCGGGCUGGACGGUUUAAUGAACUAGAAUCAAUCAUUAAUAAGAUGCCAUACAAAGAUGACCCAGUGGUUUGGGAAGUUCUGCUUAGUUCUUGCCGGGUUCAUAGUAAUGUAAGCUUAGCAAGAAGAGCAGCAGAUGAACUUUUCCGCCUAGACCAAAAGAAUUCUGCUCCUUAUGUACUUUUGGCCAAUAUGUAUGCAUCAUUAGGAAGGUGGGAUGACGCAAAUGAUGUUAGGAGCAUGAUGAUCGAACAGCAAGUGCGUAAGGAUCCAGGUUAUAGCUGGGUUGAGCAGGAAAAGAGUGAUGUGUGCAGACUUGGCUAAAAUCUGUACUAAAUGAGGAAUCCGAUGGUGCUACAAUGCUGAAUAUCAUACUUCAGUUUAAUAUCUGCUUAAAUUGCAGUCUGGCCUGACAGGAUGCUCUUCUUUCUCAUUUUAGGGUGUGGAAUCUGAGUAGAAAGGAAUGUAAGGGCUUAAUGGUUUAAUCCUUUCUAUGAAGAACAAUAGUGCCUGAAAUAUGAAGGAAAAUUAUGAGUCAUUGGCUCAGACACUUUCUUGAGAGUUCUCAUUAGGAUGCUUGUUGUAGGUCAAUUGAUAUAAAGUCUGCCCAAAAAGCUGCGUCAUUAUUUUUCUACAUACAAGAAGGCACAGCAGAGCUCCGAUUGACAAUGACAACUGACGUGGAGAGGAUAACAAAAGCCACUUCGGUAUGUUUGACCCUCAGAGCACAAAUCCCAAAGUUUGCUUCAUAAAUGAUUCAGGCAAAACAAGACUUGCAUGUACAAGUAAAAGCCGUUGAAGCUGCUCAAAAGGCAAUGUAACUGUAAUGGAUACAUGUCAUUUAGUUUCCUGCGUGGCAGAGUACCGCAUGCUCAGCUGUCUCAUCCAUUCUCUGGUGAAAUUGUCUUGAGGUGACGUAUGAUUGUUUGUUGGCAAAACCUGAUGAUUUCCAAUGCUGGGUUGACAGGCUCCAAAUCAGACCGGAAUGGGAAAACAUCAGCAGCAAAACAGAGGCCAUCAAGCAGCUCAAUCUCAUUGUAACUAGAAUCUUGCAGCUUGUAGAAUAUCAUUUUUCUGAAGGCCUUCAGAAGAGCUACAUCUGCAUUGUAGAAACCUGCUGGGGAGGGAAAUGAUACCUCCUUUGCAAGCAAAUCAAUAUUCACUUCUUUUAUCAAUUUCCAUCUGGGAUGUUUCCGGUCUAAAACACCCCAUAAGUGUAUAUGCCCUUCCGGUGUUUUGCAAAUGAAUCCAAGUUUUCCUUGAUACUCUACAAGUUGCUUGCAUGAGUACUCGCAAUUCUUGCAUACAAGCUCAG